AUGCGACGACGUCGCCAGCUCAUGCUUAGACUGGCCCUGAUCGGCUCCCUCCUUUUGGCCGCCAUCUUUCUCUUCUUCCCCUCAACGCGCCAGGCCGUACUACCUACGCUAUCUCUCGGCCUCUUNUCCGGAAGCCAGCAGCUUCAACUCGAGACUGUCCGCUACUACGAUCUCGCCAAUGUCCAAGGCACCGCCAGGGGCUGGGAGCGGGAAGAGAGGAUUCUCCUUUGUGCCCCUCUCAGAGACGCUUCUCCCCAUUUGCCAAUGUUCUUCUCUCAUUUGCGCAACUUGACUUAUCCUCACCACCUCAUCGACCUGGCCUUUCUGGUUGGUGACUCGAAAGACAACACUCUCACCCUACUCUCUGAUCUUUUGGCUCAACUUCAAGCCAGCGAGAAGGAUGGCAUGCCCUUUGGCGAGGUUUCGGUCAUCGAGAAGGACUUUGGACAAAAGGUUAACCAGGACGUCGAGAGUAGACACGGGUUUGCUGCCCAGGCUAGCAGAAGAAAGAGCAUGGCCCAAGCACGCAACUGGCUUCUGAGUGCUGCUUUGCGUCCCACACACAGCUGGGUCUACUGGAGAGAUGUCGAUGUUGAGACGGCGCCAUUCACAAUUUUGGAGGACUUGAUGAGACAUAAUAAGGACGUCAUUGUGNNCCCAGUAAGAAACCCUGCUUCGAAAACACAGCUUACCGUACUGACACGGUGGAAAGAUGUUUGGCGACCUCUGCCUGAUUGGCUCGGCGGUGAGCAACCUUACGAUCUCAACUCGUGGCAGGAGUCCGAGACCGCCCUAGCCUUGGCCGACACGCUAGACGAGGACGCCGUCAUUGUAGAGGGUUAUGCGGAAUAUGCCACCUGGCGACCUCACCUGGCCUAUUUGCGUGACCCCUACGGCGACCCGGAUAUGGAGAUGGAAAUCGACGGUGUUGGUGGUGUCAGUAUCCUGGCCAAGGCCAAGGUCUUCCGUUCAGGUGUCCAUUUCCCAGCCUUCAGUUUCGAGAAGCACGCCGAGACUGAAGGAUUUGGCAAGUACUCGGUCGUGGGUCUUCCCCAUUACACCAUCUGGCAUCUUUACGAGCCCAGCUUGGACGACAUCAGGCACAUGGAAGAGAUGGAGAAGGAGAGGAAAGCGCGCGAAGAAGAAGAGCUCAAGAACAAGGAGCGUAUGGACAAGAUCCAAUCCCAAUUUGAUGACACAGCCAGCGAAUGGGAGAAGGACAAGUCCGAAAUCGUCGACGCGCAAAAAGCAGCAGAUGCCGCGAAGAAUGUCGCCGGUGAUGUUAAGGACGCUGCUGGCAAUGUCAAAGAAGCGGCCAAGGAAGUGGCUGGAGAGGCCAAAGCUGCAGCGAAGGGCGCAGCCGAAGGUGUCAAAGACACUGCCAAAGGGCUAGCUGACAAGGCUGAAAAGGCAGCUGAAGCAGUGGUGAAAGACAAAGGCGCCGCGGCGUAG